AUGUCGAGCUCCCGGGACUUUGUUGGCCUAGCUGAACAGGCAAGCCUCCAAACGAGCCGCUCUCGGCAGUCGAUCACGGCUUCGCUCCGUUAUAAGGCAUCGUAUUUCCUCAGUCGUGGCGGUACAAUCAACACCACCACCUCCAACGACAACGACAACAAUAGCACCACGGCAUACAACAAUCCCCAGACCUUCCAACCCCAUCCGUUGAAGGGCACGCGUGGCUGGUUCCGCUCUGUCGGUGCUCGCUUCCACCGUCAUAGUCAUGCCACUCUCGAGUCGUCCGAGAGCUCCCACGACAUUCAGCUAGAGCUAGAGGAGAACUCGCACAUAACGAACCUGCCCUCGUCGUCAGAAACCACGUCAUCGCGGUCGCAGCCAGCAAGACGUCGGCCCUUUCGGGGACGUCUCAGGUUGCAUUCUCUGCCUGCGAGGUUCCGUCGACGGGGGGAUUCGCGCUUCAGCCGCCCAUCGUCGCUCUCCGACUCGGACAAGGAGAACUUCCUGGCCAUGACUGUCCCGCCAGCGCGUUCUAGGAUGGUUUCCAACGCCGGGAGCUGGAGUUCGUUUCGAUCUGGCGUUCAGCGGGCUGUUCGAGGUAAGUCGGGUUUAGCCGCUCACCUUUCCAUCAAGAUGCUAAAACAAGAAUCCAGAAGUGGUGGAUGGCAACUUUCGCUUCUUCGAGGACCGUUCCUUACGCAGUCAGUAUUCCGUCGACAUCUUCACACCAUGCACACACAGCACCUGUGCUAA